AUGUUUCCGUGUGUUUCCUCCUGGCCCUCUGCUGAGCCCCCUUCGCCCUGUUGCCAUGCCUCCCUGCUCACACACACUCAUACUCAGCCCCUGCUGUGCAACUGCCCUGCCCCAACGAUGAACCCUCAACCCCACCCUGUCCCAGACUACCUGGAGUCCCUCAUCGUGGUGACAGAGUACGAGCCCAAGGGAGGUGAGGAGGUGGAGGACAUGGACAGCUCUGAGACCCCUGAGCCUGGCGCGCCCCCCUUCAGAGCCCACUCCUGCCACCAGCUGUCCCACGCCGUGGGCCGCCCCUGAGGCCCUGUUCCCCAAGCCCCAUGAGCACCGGGGAAGACUAAACCUGUCAGACAGGAAGCUAUCACUGCAGGAGCGCUCCCAGACGGCCUUGUCUCCCUGCGGCUCCCCAGGGCUCAACGGCCGCUUCAUCUACCCCUCGCUGCCCUACUCGCCCAUCACCUCGCCCCACUCCUCCCCCCGGCUGCCCCGUAGACCCACCGUGGAGUCUCACCGCGUCUCCAUCACUGACCUGCAGGUAGGCUACGGCCAUUUAACCUCCUACUUGGUCUGUUUAAUAAAACACAAUUUUUGUGUUAGCCAAAUUCUAUGAAUGCACAUCAGCUGAACAUGUGCAUUUGUUCCCCAGUGGUAAAUGAAGCAGCAUACUGGUAUAAAGGUUGAGUCUAUGUGAAGGUAAGGUCCAUGGUCUUAUUAGAUGCCAGCUCACUCCCCAUUAGAUCUCAGAAGCAUAGUCCAGUAGACUCCAUGUAGAGAUGGUUUGUGUCCCAAAUAGCACCCUAUGGUCUCUAGCUAUGCUGUUACCCUUCUCCUUGAACACCUCUAGACUUGACUUGAUAUAAACUAGCAGAUCCCAUUACUCAUGGUUUGUACAGACUUCAAUUUUGUAUGUUUAGUCAUGCUGACUUUUGUUAGUUUGUUUUCCAAGGUGAUCCAUAAUUAAGGUUGUGUUGGGAAGCACAUUGCUUUUACAUGGAUUGUUGGUUCUGCUAAUGCUAUACCUAAUGUGAUGAUUGUUGUAGACCAAGAAAAAUGCAUUAGUCAACCAAUUGCUUUUUUCUCUCUCUCUCUCUCAAAGGACUGCGUGCAGCUCAACCAGUACAAGCUCAAAGAUGAAAUCGGAAAGGUACUGUCGUCGCUCUUCAAAGCACUUCAGAUCAACUUUAUUAUACCACCAGGGGGAAAUUAAUUUGGUCGUGCUUAAAAAGAUGGUACAUAAAACAUGAAAACACAGAAACUACACAAUAUAUUUAAUUAAAAGUGCUAUACUGUAGCUACACAUUUAAAGUGAAAGUGGAAUAUGCUGUAUACAAGAGGAACCAACAGAUUAUCUAUUAUAGACCCUAAUGGCUGUUGGAAUAAAAUAGUCUGUUUUGAUUUUCUUUUGAAGAAGUCCCCAUUCCUCUAUCUAUUUCCCACUGUGCAUGUUAAAAAGACGGAGGAUCAUUAAGGACACAGUUGCCAUCAUUCUCAGUUCUCCCUGCCAGCCUUGUCCUCAUUUCAAAUUCUCUGAAAAUCCCUGGCCCGGGGAGAGUUAAGAGGAGGAUGAGAGGCUGGUAUAAAUAGCCCUAGUCAUCUCUCCUCCUUGGGUAGUGUGCAUGGGGCCAAGUGAGUCUGUUCUGUUCUGUGUGGAGCAGUAGACAAUGGGAGCCUGUCAGGAUGGAGUUGGAGAGAGUUGUGUUCUGCUAUCACCUCAUCUCUCUAGUCUGGGAUGGGCUUCCUGCUGUAGCCCCAAUCUGUUCUCCCAGCUGGGAUGUGUGUGUGUGUGUGUGUGUGUGUGUGUGUGUGUGUGUGUGUGUGUGUGUGUGAAGGAUAUACUUUCCAACUAAUUGGGCUAAGCUCUGUAUAUGUGUGUGGGUAGAGAAGCUAGAUUGUGUUGCACUAAUUAGGCACAAAUCUAAUAUGUGUGGGUGGGUGGGUAGAUUUGAAUUGGACUGUUGAUUUUGAAGCUGCUCCUCAUUGAGAGUACUCAGCCCAUACAUUUCCGAUGGGUCAGCUUGGGAUAGCUAUUCUGUGUGUGUGCGUGCAUCCGGGUUUGUGUGUCCUUUUGAGUGUGUACAGCAGGUUUUUAUUUGUGUGGAUGAUUGACAGCUGCUGAAUGUCACACUCUGUCUAACUGUUUUCUCCUGUUCUCUGACAAGGGCUCCUAUGGUGUUGUCAAGCUGGCCUACAAUGAAGACGACAACACCUACUAUGUGAGUCCUGCUGGCCACCGUACACACACAACACAUACACACACACUCUCACACUGUCAUCAUUAGUACUAAUCGCGAUACUCAGCGGUAUCGUGACAAAGAAAUAAAACAUGAAGUGGCCCUAAUUUUGGAAACUAGCAGCCUUAUGUUGUCACCCAGAUCACAUGUUUAUUUUCCAAGCUAUAGCACACAAUAUGUUACAUACAAUAGGUUUUUUAAAGGACCAAAAAGUUUAGUCUGCUUUGUGUUUUCCUUUUUGCCAUGGAAAAUCUGGUAUCGUAGUAUCGCGAUACUGGUAUCAUGACAACGCUAUCGCUAUGAGGUGUGACUGUAUGUGAAGCAGAACAGAGGCAAUUGGUUAGAUAAUUAAUUAAUUGAGGAACACUCGCAGUUCUGUAAUGUGUUUCUUGUAUUGUGUAAAAGUAGGGUAAUGUUUCACAUCUACGCCAUCCUCUAUCCAGAGAAGCAUGUGCACAGGUUUGUAGCAUGUAACUGCACUCCUUUUUACUGUACAUCUCUCCAUACUUUGAUGUCAAACUUCUCUCCUUCUCCCUCCCUCUCUUUCUCCCUCCCCUCCUCUAGGCGAUGAAAGUACUGUCCAAGAAGAGGCUGAUGAGGCAGGCAGGUUUCCCACGUAAGUACAGAGCAUGAGGCAGAUAGUAAAUCCAGCAGGGAGUACAUAGCCUAGCUAGUAGUGCUUGGACGAUAAUCCGAAAAUUACAGACAUUGUCUUCUUCUUACCGAAGCAUUUUUCGUACGUGAGUAGUUUUCUGUGAUUUUGCUACACAGCGUUCAUGUAGAUAGUUCUAAAACCGAUGCAUUAUGUUGAUUCCUGCUUUGAAAGUAUCUGCCUGGAACGAUACAUAGCAGCAGGAGCAACCCAGGGUGUCAAAAACACUUCGAAAUUUGAAGUUGGAGCAACUUCUAAAUUUGAUGUUUGGAGAAACGUGGAUAAAUUGGUAAAACCGUGAGAUCUUGUUGUACAUCAAGUAGCCUAGGCCUAGCAUUGGAAAGUUUUUGUAGGACAUUAGCCUACAUUUACUGAUAGGUUUAAUCAAUUAGCUUUCAUGGCUAUAUAGCAGCAAUAUCAUAUUUAGAGAUUGCAAUCUAGCUAAAUGUUUUGCCUUUAAAUUGUUUAACUUGGGUGAAACGUUUCAGGUAGCCUUCCACAAGCGUCCCACAAUAAGCUGGGUGAAUUUUGGCCUAUUCCUCCUGACAGAGCUGGUGUAACUGAGUCAGGUUUGUAGGCCUCCUUGCUCGCACACGCCUUUUCAGUUCUGCCCACACAUUUUCUAUAGGAUUGAGGUCAGGGCUUUGUGAUGGCCACUCCAAUACCUUGAGUUUGUUGUCCUUAAGCCAUUUUGCCACAACUUUGGAAGUAUGCUUGGGGUCAUUGUCCAUUUGGAAGACCCAUUUGCGACCAAGAUUUAACUUCCUGACUGAUGUCUUGAGAUGUUGCUUCAAUAUAGCCACAUAAUUUCCCUUCCUCAUGAUGCCAUCUAUUUUGUGAAGUGCAACAGUCCCUUCUGCAGCAAAGCACCCCCACAGCAUGAUGCUGCCACCCCUGUGCUUCACGUUUGGGAUAGUGUUCUUUGGCUUGCAAGCGUCCCCCUUUUUCCUCCAAACAUAACGAUGGUCAUUAUGGCCAAACAGUUCUAUUUUUGUUUCAUCAGACCAGAGGACAUUUCUCAAAAAAGUACGAUCUUUGUCCCCACGUGCAGUUGCAAACCGUAGUCUGGCUUUUUUAUGGCGGUUUUGAAGUAGUGGCUUCUUCCUUGCUGAGCGGCCUUUCAGGUUAUGUCGAUAUAGGACUCGUUUUACUGUGGAUAUAGAUACUUUUGUACCUGUUUCCUCCAGCAUCUUCACAAUGUCCUUUGCUGUUGUUCUAUGAUAGAUUUGCACUUUUCGCACCAAAGUACGUUCAUCGCUAGGAGACAGAACACGUCUCCUUCCUGAGCGGAAUGACGGCUGCGUGGUCCCAUGGUGUUUAUACUUGCGUACUAUUGUUUGUACAGAUGAACGUGGUACCUUCAGGUCUUGGCUGAUUUCUUUUGAUUUUCCCAUGAUGUCAAGCAAAGAGGCACAAAGUUUGAAGGUAGGCCUUGAAAUACAUCCACAGGUACUCCUCCAAUUCACUCAAAUGAUGUCAAUUAGCCUAUCGGAAGCUUCUAAAGCCAUGACAUUGUUUUCUGGAAUUUUCCAAGCUGUUUAAAGGCACAGUCAACUUAGUGUAUGUUAACUUCUGACCCACUGGAAUUGUGAUGCAGUGAAAUAAUCUGUCUGUAAACAAUUGUUGGAAAAACUACUUGUGUCAUGCACAAAGUAGAUGUCCUAAUCGACUUGCCAAAACUAUAGUUUGUUAACAAGACAUUUGUGGAGUGGUUGAAAAACUAGUUUUAAUUACUCCAACCUAAGUGUAUGUAAACUUCUGACUUCCAAAAUCAUGGGCAAUAAUAUGGAGUUGGUCCCCCCUUUGCUGCUAUAACAGCCUCCACUCUUCUGGGAAAGCUUUCCACUAGAUGUUGGAACAUUGCUGCGGGGACUUGCAGUCGGCAUUCCAAUUCAUCCCAAAGGUGUUCGAUGGGGUUGAGGUCAGGGCUCUGUGCAGGCCAGUCAAGUUCUUCCACACCGAUCUCGACAAACCAUUUCUGUAUGGACCUCGCUUUGUGCACGGGGGCAUUGUCAUGCUGAAACAGGAAAGGGCAUUCCCCAAACUCUUGCCACAAAGUUGGAAGCACAGAAUCGUCUAGAAUGAAAUUGUAGGCUGUAGCGUUAAGAUUUCCCUUCAAUGGAACUAAGGGGCCUAGCCCGAACCAUGAAAAACAGCCCCAGACCAUUAUUCCUCCUCCACCAAACUUUACAGUUGGCACUAUGCAUUCGGGCAGGUAGCGUUCUCCUGACAUCCGCCAAACCCAGAUUAGUCCGUCGGACUGCCAGAUGGUCAAGCGUGAUCAAUCACUCCAGAGAACUCGUUUCCACUACUCCAGAAUCCAAUGGCGGCGAGCUUUACAACACUCCAGCCGACGCUUGGCAUUGCGCAUGGUGAUCUUCGGCUUGUGUACGGCUGCUCGGCCAUGGAAACUAAUUUCAUGAAGCUCCCGACUAACAGUUCUUGUGCUGAUGUUGCUUCCAGAGGCAGUUUGGAACUGUUUAGUGAGUGUUGCAACCGAGGACAGAUUAUUUUUACGCGCUACGUGCUUCAGCACUCGGCAAUCCCGUUCUGUGAGCUUGUGUGGCGUACCAAAGCAGUUGUUGCUCCUAGAUGUUUUCACCUCACAAUAACAGCACUUACAGUUGACCGGGGCAGCGCUAGCAGGGCAGAAAUCUGACAUACUGACUUGUUGGAAAGGUGGCAUCCUAUGACGAUGCCACAUUGAAAGUCACUGAGCUCUUCAGUAAGGCCAUUUUACUGCCAAUGUUUGUCUAUGGAGAUUGCAUGGCGGAGUGCUCGAUUUUAUACACCUGUCAGCAACGGGUGUUGCUGAUAUAGCUGAAUCCACUAAUAUGAAUGGGUUUCCACAUGCUUUUGUAUAUGUAGUGUACUUGGCACUGGAAAUAAAUUGUCUAUAGCCCUGCCGCUAAUGUAAAGUAACUUUCCAUUAAACUUGUUUUUAUUGUUGUAUGCUAUUUAUUGUUAUCGAGCAAGAAACACUGAACAAAAAUAUAAACGCAACAUGUAAAGUGUUGCCAGAAAUUUUCCAAAUGCACAAAAAAUGUAUUUAGCUAAAAUUUUGGGCACAAAUUUGUUUACAUCCCUGUUAGUGAGCAUUUCUCCUUUUCCAAGAUAAUCCAUCCACCUAUCAAGAAGCUGAUUAAACAGCAUGAUCAUUACACAGGUGCACCUUGUGCUGGAGACAAUAAAAGGCCACUCUAAAAUGUGCAGUUUUGUCACUUACAGAUGUCUCAAGUUUUGAGGGAGUGUGCAAUUUGCAUGCUGACUGCAGGAAUAUCCACCAGAGCUGUUGCCAGAGAAUUUAAUGUUAAUUUCUCUACCAUAAGCCGCCUCCAACGUAGUUUUACAGAAUUUGCAGUACGUCCAACUGGCCUCACAACCGCUGACCACGUGUAACCACGCCAGCCCAGGACCUCCACAUCCGGCUUCUUCAACUGCGGGAUCGUCUGAAACCAGCCACCAGGGCAGCUGAUGAAACUGUGGGUUAGCACAACUGAAGAAUUUUUGCACAAACUGUUAGAAACCGUCUCAGGAAAGCUCAUCUGCGUGUUCAUCGUCCUCACCAGGGUCUUUACCUGACUGCAGAUCGGCGUCGUAACCGACUUCACUGGGCAAAUGCUCACCUUUGAUGGCUACUGGCACGCUGGAGAAGUGUGCUCUUCACGGAUUAAUCCCGGUUUCAGCUGUACCGGGCAGAUGGUAGACCACGUGUAUGGCGUUGUGUGGGCGAGCGGUUUACUGAAGUCAACGUUGUGAACAAAGUGCCCCAUGAUGGCAGUGGGGUUAUGGUAUGGGCAGGCAUAUGCUAUGGACAACGAACACAAUUGCAUUUUAUCUAUGGCUAUUUGAAUGCACAUACAGUCGUGGUCAAAAGUUUUGAGAAUGACACAAAUACUAAUUUUCACAAAGUCUGCUGCCUCAGUUUUGAUUAUGGCAAUUUGCAUAUACUCCAGAAUGUCAUGGAGAGUGAUCAGAUGAAUUGCAAUUAAUUGCAAAGUCCCUCUUUGCCAUGAAAAUUAACUUACUCCCCAAAAAACAUUCCACUGCAUUUCAGCCCUGCCACAAAAGGACCAGCUGCCAUCAUGUCAGUGAUUCUCUCGUUAACACAGGUGAGAGUGUUGACGAGGACAAGGCUGGCGAUCACUCUCUCAUGCUGAUUGAGUUAGAAUAACAGACUGGAAGCUUUAAAAGGAGGGUGGUGCUUGAAAUCAUUGUUCUUCCUCUGUUAACCAUGGUUACCUGCAAGGAAACACAUGCCGUCAUCAUUGCUUUGCAAAAAAAGGGCUUCACAGGCAAGGAUAUUGCUGCUAGUAAGAUUGCACCUAAAUCAACCAUUUAUCGGAUUAUCAAGAACUUCAAGGAGAGAGGUUCAAUUGUUGUGAAGAAGGCGUCAGGGCGCCCAAGAAAGUCCAGCAAGCGCCAGGACCAUCUCCUAAAGUUGAUUCAGCUGCGGGAUCGGGGCACCACCAGUGCAGAGCUUGCUCAGGAAUGGCAGCAGGCAGAUGUGAGUGCAUCUGCACGCACAGUGAGGCGAAGACUUUUGGAGGAUGGCCUGGUGUCAAGAAGGGCAGCAAAGAAGCCACUUCUCUCCAGGAAAAACAUCAGGGACAGACUGAUAUUCUGCAAAAGGUACAGGGAUUGGACUGCUGAGGACUGGGGUAAAGUCAUUUUCUCUGAUGAAUCCCCUUUCCGAUUGGUUGGGGCAUCCGGAAAACACCUUGUCCGGAGAAGACAAGGUGAGCGCUACCAUCAGUCCUGUGUCAUGCCAACAGUAAAGCAUCCUGAGACCAUUCAUGUGUGGGGUUGCUUCUCAGCCAAGGGAGUGGGCUCACUCACAAUUUUGCCUAAGAACACAGCCAUGAAUAAAGCAUGGUACCAACACAUCCUCCGAGAGCAACUUCUCCCGACCAUCCAAGAUCAGUUUGGUGACGACCAAUGCCUUUUCCAGCAUGAUGGAGCACCUUGCCAUAAGGCAAAAGUGAUAACUAAGUGGCUCGGGGAACAAAACAUCGACAUUUUUGGUCCAUGGCCAGGAAACUCCCCAGACCUUAAUCCCAUUGAGAACUUGUGGUCGAUCCUCAAGAGGUGGGUGGACAAUCAAAAACAAACUCCAAGCAUUGAUUAUGCAAGAAUGGGCUGCCAUCAGUCAGGAUGUGGCCCAGAAGUUAAUUGACAGCAUGCCAGGGCGGAUUGCAGAGGUCUUGAAAAAGAAGGGUCAACACUGCAAAUAUUGACUCUUUGCAAAAACUUAAUGUAAUUGUCAAUAAAAGCCUUUGACACUUAUGGAAUGCUUGUAACUAUACUUAAGUAUACCAUAGUAACAUCUGACAAAAAUAUCUCAUAACACUGAAGAAAAUAUUUGUGUAAUUCUAAAAACUUUUGACCAAGACUGUAGAUACUGUGACGAGAUCCUGAGGCCCAUUAUCAUGCCAUUCAUCCGCUGCCAUCAUGUUUCAGCAUGAUAUUGCACAGCCCCAUGUCGCAAGGAUUUGUACACAAUUCCUGGAAGCUGAAAUUGUCCCAGUUCUUCCAUGGCCUGCAUACUCACCAGACAUGUCACCCAUUGAGCAUGUUUGGGAUGCUCGGAUCGACGUGUACGACAGUGUGUUUCAGUUCCCGACAAUAUCCAGCAACUUCACACAGCCAUUGAAGAGUAGUGGGACAACAUUACACAGGCCACAAUCAACAGCCUGAUCAACUCUAUGUGAAUAAGAUGUUGCACUGCAUGAGGCAAAUGAAUCCCCUUUCCGGCAAAUGGUGGUCACACCAGAUACUGACUGGUUUUCUGUUCCACGCUCCCACUUCUUUUUUAAGGUGUUUGUGACCAACUGAUGCAUAUCUGUGAAAUCCAUAGAUUAGGGCCUAAUGAAUUUAUUUAAAUUGACUGAUUUCAUUAUAUGAACUGUAACUGUAAAAUCUUUGAAAUUGUUGCAUUUUAUAUUUUUGUUCAGUGUAGUUGCAUUUAUCACAAUAUUACUUUUUGUCCAUAUUACCCGGCUCUACUAGCUAGUACACUACUCUGGGAUUCUGCUGCUGUAGACUAACAAGGCCACUACACUCUCUCUUCCCUCCUGUUCACCUGCAGGGAGACCACCCCCCCGCGGAGCCAAAGCAGCCCCCGAAGGCCCCCCUCAGCCCAAAGGACCCCUGGAACGGGUUUACCAGGAGAUUGCCAUCCUGAAAAAGCUGGACCAUCCCAAUGUAGUGAAGCUGGUGGAGGUGAGGCUCUGCAAUUUGGAUGGCGUUGGUCCUCUUAACUCAAGCUGUUUGUGGACUGCCAAUACAUAAUACAAUCAUUGAGACUGCGUAGUCUGCACUGUGUCCUCGACCCUGUCAGUGAUUGCAAGUUUACUUGUGUUUACCACAGACUGCUAGUAGUGUAGUGUGCUGUAGGCCUAGUAUACUUAGUAUGUGUUCCUCUCACCUGCUUUCUUCUCCUGCCAGGUUCUGGAUGACCCUGGUGAGGACCAUCUGUACAUGGGUAUGAUUGGCCUGAUUCUCCCUCUGCCUGGCAAUCCGCAUGCACACACACAUGUCCCACUCACGUCCUAAUCAGACCUACUCACAGAUUAAAUGAUUUCCCGAAGCUAUUAUCAAUUCAAUCAUCAUAACUAACUAGCUAAAGCAUUGUUGAUGAUGAUGUAAUGAUGGCAUCUUUGUUCUGUUCACAGUGUUUGAGCUGGUCAAACAGGGGUAAGUUAAGCCUUUUUUUACUGUAAUCAUUACAAGCUGGAAUGAGCCCAAUCUAUUUAAGCACAGACGUAGGGCCCUACAAAAUCGUUGUAAUAUUUUUCCUGAUUCCGUUUAGUUUUUCCCAAAAUUCUGUUUGCUCUUUCCAGGUUUCAGAUUUUCCCAGUUCUUUCAUGUUUUCUCUCUCAAAAUCACACUUUUUAAAUAGAAAAACAACUAAAUUGGAUGUUGUAAUGCUUCAAUCACAAAUUUAAAAAAAUCGAAAUUGUGAUUUUUUGGUGUAGUUACCCUUUAAUUGAAGUGGCUGUUGUUUAGCGGUGUUUUUGUACUGCAUGUGAUGAAUUUGCUAAACAAAUACCCACUGGAUUGAUGAAAAUAAUCAUGAUAUCAUUCUGCCAGGUAAGCAUAGAGCCUCAUGAAACUCUGCAAUUAUAUCCUGAAGUUUGUAGUUAAGUUUUUAUUGAGAAGGUUUUUUGGAAAGCCUUUCCAUCUACCAGAAGACUGUUUCCAUUAGCUAUCAUCAUCGCUAACGCGUGCACAGCACACACACAGACAGGGGCAUUCUCGUUGCCUCUUCAGAAAGUUGCAGGAAAUACGUAUCACUGAUGCAUUCUGUUCAUGUCUUAUGAUAAACUUGGGAAAAUGUAUUCAUGUUCAAUACAUUUAGUUGCUUCUCUAGUAUAUACAAUACAUUUUUGAACAUUGUUGAAUUUCGUUUUAAUGUCUCGAUUCCGUGAUUCCGUCCGCGUUCACUGCAUCGCAGAUUUUAUAGUGCCCUACUGACGCUUAAUGCACUGCUCUCUCUGCGUGUGUGUCUGUCUGUGGGUAUGUUUACGUGUGUGUGUGUCUGUCUGUGGGUAUGUUUACAUGUGUGUGUGCGUGAGUAUGUGCGCGCAGGGCUGUGAUGGAGGAGAUGCCCACGGACAAGCCGCUGAAUGAAGACCAGGCGCGGUUCUACUUCCAAGACCUGCUCAGGGGGAUCGAGUUCUGUGAGUGGGUUCUCUUCUGUGAUCUCAGAACUGUCUGUUCUCUUCCUCUCUUUAGCCACCCACUGCCGCCUUUGCCCGACGCACAUAAUCUCAGUGGCUUUUAGUGCCAUUAUUGCACUCAAACAGGACCCUAGUCCCUAUAUAGUGCACUACUUUUGACCAGAGACUACAUUACAUUUUCUUUUGACCAGAGCCUAUGGUGCUCUGGUGAAAGUAGUGCACUAUAUAGGGAAAAGGGGGCGCACCCUAAGACUUACCACAAGCUCUGUCUUCUACCAGAGCAGUACAGACGGAGAUAUGGAGGGAGGGAGAUGCACUGUAUGGGCACUAGAUGCAGCACUCAAAACCUCUCUCCCUCUCCCUUAUACAACUACUUAGUCAACCCACCUUCACUUAUAGACAAGGUAAGAAUCCUUAUUUACCUGUAUUCUACUAAGGCGUGUGUGUGUAACAGAUUGAGAUCGUACCAAAUAAACUCACCCACAGCUUGAAAUGUUGCUAAUUGCGCCAUUAAAUUGGAUCCUUUUCAGUGGCGCAAAUGGUUAGUAGGCUGUCAAGCAGGCGGUCACAGGUGUUUGCGAGCAGAGGGUAACUAGUUCGAGCCAUGGACAAGGACAGUGAUGGAAGCGAUACUGUUUGCAGCACAGUGAUGCCGGUAACAUGUGUUGUUGUUGUUGUUUUUGUUUUCCAGUGCAUUACCAGAGGAUCAUCCACCGGGACAUCAAGCCCUCUAACCUCCUAGUUGGGGAGGACGGUCAUAUUAAGAUCGCUGACUUUGGGGUCAGUAACCAGUUUGAGGGGGCAGAUGCCCUUCUGACCAGCACGGUGGGCACACCUGCCUUCCUCGCCCCAGAGACCCUCUCUGAGACCAGGAAGAACUUCUCUGGCAAGGUGAAUGAGCUUCUGUCACCCCCUGGAGGGCUCUUUGGAAAUGACAUAUUUUCCUUUGGAAUUCCCGUAGGGCAACUUGUAUGGGACAAUUUAAUGAUGUGGGUUUUAAAUUAAGUCCAUUUCUGUUUCUUCUUGUAGGCAUUGGAUGUUUGGGCCAUGGGAGUGACGCUCUAUUGUUUCGUGUUUGGAGUGGUAAACCUCUAACCUCUUUCCUUACACUGCUCACUAACCUUACACUGUGUUGCACAUAUUACCUCACAAUCCACAUCUGCAUAAAGCAAGGUCAGGUUUAACACGGAUACUGAACAAUUUAACUUGUACAUUUUUAUACAUCAUUGUUCACCUAAAAUGUUAACUUUUGUCAACCACGUUGACUGUAAUUUUACUCCCAUCAACAGUGUCCCUUCAUGGAUGAGCGCAUCCUCAGUCUUCAUCAGAAGAUCAAGACCCAGCCAGUGGAGCUGCCAGAGCAGUGAGUACUACAUUCAACUCUACUGGGAGUGAUAUGAUCCAUUACAAAUGGAUGACCGUAAGCAUCCUAAGUCUGACUAUUGUUGUGGCCCUACAGUGCAGACAUAUCUGACGAUCUGAAAGAUCUGCUACUGAAGAUGCUGGACAAGAAUCCAGAGAGCAGGAUAUCAAUACCACAGAUUAAGGUUUGCUUCUUUGUGAUUUUCUUAUAUGUUUAUGGUGUGUGUGUGUCAAGAAGUAAGUAAUCUCAAGCAGUGUUUCAGAAAUCCAUUAUUUUAUUCUGGAUAGCUUCCAACACUCAACUCAGCAAAUUGGAUGUAGUCUAUCACAGUGCCAUCCGUUUUGUCACCAAAGCCCCAUAUACUACCCACCAUUGUGACCUGUACGCUCUCGUUGGCUGGCCCUCACUACAUAUUCGUCGCCAAACCCACUGGCUCCAGGCCAUCUAUAAAUCACUUCUAGGCAAAUCCUCGCCUUAUCUUAGCUCAUUGGUCACCAUAGCAACACCCACCCGUAUUAUGCGCUCCAGCAGGUAUAUCUCACUGGUCAUACCCAAAGCCAACACCUCCUUUGGCCGCCAUUCCUUCCAGUUCUCUGCUGCAAAUGACUGGAACGAACUACAAAAAUCUCUGAAGCUGGAGACACUUAUCUCCCUCAUUAACUUUAAGCAUCAGUUGUCAGAGCAGCUUACCGAACACUGCACCUGUACACAGCCCAUCUGUAAUUAGCCCACCCAACUACCUCAUCCCCAUAUUGUUAUUUAUAUUGUUAUUUAUUUUGCUCAUUUGCACCCCAGUAUCUCUAUUUGCACAUCAUCUUCUGCACAUCUAUAACUCCAGUGUUAAUACUAAAUUGUAAUUAUUUUGCACUAUGGCCUAUUUAUUGCCUUACCUCCAUAACUUACUACAUUUGCACACACUGUAUAUAUAUUUUCUAUUGUGUUAUUGACUGUACGUUUUUGUUUACCCCAUAUGUAACUCUGUGUUGUUGUUGUUUUUAUCGCACUGCUUUGCUUUAUCUUGGCCAGGUCGCAGUUGUAAAUGAGAACUUGUUCUCAACUGGCUUACCUGGUUAAAUAAAGGUGAAAUAAAAUUAAAAUUAAAAUUAAUACAUUUGUGUGUAUGUGUGUGCUUACAUGAUGUUGAGAUUGUCUCUCUGCUCCCUCCAGGUGCACCCGUGGGUGACGAGGCACGGAGCGGAACCCCUCCCUCUGGAGGAUGAUAACUGCUGCAUGCUGAUUGAGGUGACCGAGGAGGAGGUGGAGAACUCUGUCAAACACAUCCCCAGUCUGGCCACUGUGGUGAGUGGUGGGAGGAGGACACACACAGGCCACACACUGCCCUGCCUUUAACACUGGAUUAAACAUGAUAGCACUGGAUUAAUGGCUCAGAACUCACACUCAGGCUCAUUUUACGGCAGGCAGUUUCUUGCUGUCCUGGGACAUGAGGUCAUACUUUGCAGUUCACAAAAGAUGCCUUGUUACGAAUGUUCAUUUAUUGGUUUAAUAUGUUCAGUUUCCUUUCAGCUCUUUGAUUAUUUCAUCUACCUUACUGUCAUACAGUUGGGUAAUUAAACUGUGGUUACCAAAUAAGUUAUAGAGUAAUUAUUGCAUUAGUGCAACUUGAUAUGAAGUGUUGCUAAAUAUGUAACUAAUUAAAAUACUUUGUUUGAACUAUAACCAGGAAAAGUGAAAGUAUGACUACGGACAAUGAAUGAUCUGCUCAUAGCCACUCCGUGAUGUGUUUCAUACUUAACUCUAUGGUAUAGCCCUUUCAAAAAGCCCCGGACAUAAUACAGUCUGAUAUCUGAUGUUGUCCCCCUAAAAAGCCACUGACACAAUACAAUAUCACUCAGUUGUGUGGCCAGAUCACAGAUGUCUGUCUAUCUGUCUGUUUAUGUAGAUCCUGGUGAGGACCAUGCUAAGGAAGCGCUCAUUUGGGAACCCCUUUGACUGGGGCCGUCAGAGGACAGAAGACAGAGGCACAAGUCUGUCUGCACCGGGACACAUGCUCACGUAAGUCCCCCUCUUAGGCCUUUUACACUGCUCUCUAGUCAGUUAGGGUUGCAACAUUCUGUUAACUUUCCCCAAAUUCCCAGGUUUUCCCGAAAUCCUGGUUGGAGGAUUUUCUGCUUUUUUUUUUGAAAAACCGGGGAAUUAGGGGAAAGUUACCAGAAUUUUGCAACUCUAAAAGCAGCAGGGUUGGGGUCAAUUCCAUUUAAAUUCCUGUCCAUUCAGAAAGUAAACCACAUUCCAAAUGUUCCUAAUUGAAAAGCAUUGAAGAGAAUUGAAAUGGACUGGAAUUGCCCCUAACUCUGAAAAGCAGUUCAUGGUUUUUAAUAAAUGUAAUGUAGCUUCAUAUUACUCUGGAGAAGCUCUGUGCUAGAGGCACUUUCGUACAUGGGCAACAUUCCUAACUAGUCUGAUCUUGCAAAAUGAUGCUCCUUUUAGAAAGUGUUAAGAUUUAUUCUCUCCCUGGGCGACCAAUGAUAUGCUUGCCUGCACUUGCUGUGGCAGCCUCUUAAUCUGUCCCCCCCUCUCCUGCCCACCAGCAAAAGGAGAGCGGGAAAUGUGAGAUACUGCUACAUUCAUAGUAACCAAAGAAGGUAAAGGACUAUGGGCCUGCCACUGCCUUGCCUGCCUAUCUAUCGUAGUACUAUUUAAGUGGUAUGAAAUACACUUAAGUCCAUAGGCAUGAAUGGUGUUAGUUUGUCAAGUGCUCCUGUGUAACAGUUUAACAUACAGUCAAUGAAACAAUUAUAGCCAAUACACAGGGGUACUUGAAGCCAUGUCUGGGAACCUCUUGCUGAUCCCCAACUGCACUGGUAUCUGUUAUGAAGUGGGGUUGCCUACUACCGAGCGCAAAUGUAAGUGUUUUUGGCCAGGUGUGUACUGUACAGCAAUGAGCAGAAACCGUCAACUUAGAAUCUCAUUGUCUAAACCCUGAUUGUAAUGAACUUCAUAACAUGAUCAAGGUCAACCAGCCUGACUCGAUCCUUGGCCAAGCACUUACAGAAUUGUAGCCUAAACACUUUGCCUGUGAAAACCCUGAAUUAAAUUUGGCCAAAGUAUCCGUUUAUUUUUAUUUUUAUGGGUUACCGAAUCCUCUGCAUGCAGCACCACAAUACCCUCCUCCCUCUCCCAAGGACAUACCAGUGAACUACUUUCAUGUACUUUUUUUUUCCUCUGACCUGAAUGUUCGACUAACAGCUUGCUAAGUUCCCUCUCUGCUCACUCUCUCCAGUUAUGUAACAAGUGAAUGGUUCCACUCAGUUUCCCAGCUAAACUGAGGUUAACUAACUAUCUAUGCAGUGAUAGAAUUGACACAGCUACAGUGCCUUGCAAAAGUAUUCAUCCCCCAUGGUGUUUUUCCUAUUUUGUUGCAUUACAACCUGUAAUUUAAAUUGAUUUUUAUUUGGAUUUCAUGUAAUGGACAUACACAAAAUAGUCAAAAUUGGUGAAGUGAAAUGAAAAAAAUAACUUGUUUCAGAAAAUUCUAAAAAAUAAGUAAUGGAAAAGUGACCAAUUACCUUCAGAAGUCACAUAAUUAGUUAAAUAAAGUCCACCUGUGUGCAGUCUAAGCGUCACAUGAUCUGUCACAUGAUCUCAGUAUAUAUACACCUGUUAUGAAAGGCCCCAGAGUCUGCAACACCACUAAGCAAGGGGCGGCACCAUGAAGACCAAGGAGCUCUCCAAACAGGUCAGGGACAAAGUUGUGGAAAAGUACAGAUCAGGGUUGGGUUAUAAAAAAAUAUCUGAAACUUUGAACAUCCCACGGAGCACCAUUAAAUCCAUUAUUAAAAAAUUGAAAGAAUAUGGCACCACAACAAACCUGCCAAGAGAGGGCCGCCCACCAAAACUCACGGACCAGGCAAGGAGGGCAUUAAUCAGAGAGGCAACAAAGAGACCAAAGAUAACCCUGAAGGAGCUGCAAAGCUCCACAGCGGAGAUUGGAGUAUCUGUCCAUAGGACCACUUUAAGCCGUACACUCCACAGAGCUGGGCUUUAAGGAAGAGUGGCCAGAAAAAAAGCCAUUGCUUAAAGAAAAAAAUAAGCAAACACGUUUGGUGUUUGCCAAAAGGCAUGUGGGAGACUCCCCAUACAUAUGGAAGAAGGUACUCUGGUCAGAUGAGACUAAAAUGUAGCUUUUUGGCCAUCAAGGAAAACGCUAUGUCUGGCGCAAACCCAACACCUCUCAUCACCCCGAGAACACCAUCCCCACAGUGAAGCAUGGUGGUGGCAGCAUCAUGCUGUGGGGAUGUUUUUAAUCGGCAGGGACUGGGAAACUGGUCAGAAUUGAAGGAAUGAUGGAUGGCACUAAAUACAGGGAAAUUCUUGAGGGAAACCUGUUUCAGUCUUCCAGAGAUUUGAGACUGGGACGGAGGUUGACCUUCCAGCAGGACAAUGACCCUAAGCAUACUGCUAAAGCAACACUUGAGUGGUUUAAGGGGAAACAGUUAAAUGUCUUGGAAUGGCCUAGUCAAAGCCUAGACCUCAAUCCAAUUGAGAAUCUGUGGUAUGACUUAAAGAGUGCUGUACACCAGCGGAACCCAUCCAACUUGAAAGAGCUGGAGCAGUUUUGCCUUGAAGAAUGGGCAAAAAUCCCAGUGGCUAGAUGUGCCAAGCUUAUAGAGACAUACCCCAAGAUACUUGCAGCUGUAAUUGCUGCAAAAGGUGGCUCUACAAAGUAUUGACUUUGGGGGGGGUGAAUAGUUAUGCACGCUCAAGUUUUCAUUUUUUUGGUCUAAUUUCUUGUUUGUUUCACAAUAAAAAAUAUUUUGCAUCUUCAAAGUGGUAGGCAUGUUGUGUAAAUCAAAUGAUACAAACCCCCCAAAAUCCAUUUUAAUUCCAGGUUGUAAGGCAACAAAAUAGGAAAAAUGGGGGGUGAAUACUUUCGCAAGCCACUGUACUUAGCACUGAUGGCUGUAUUGAAUUCUGCUCCUUCUGUCUGUUUUCUAGGAAACAAGAGAGCGGUGAGGGCAUGAGAAGUAUGGACCUGCCCUUCGUGGGCGAAGAUGAGGCUCUUUCCUGAUGCUGUGUGGUUUUUCAGCGCGAAGGUGGGCGCAUGCUAGCGACUCGACUUGCAGCCCCCCCUCAAGCCCACCCUUCACUCACUGCUUUAUGUUGUGGCGGCCACCAAUGGUUUUUGUUGAGGUGGACAGGACUGUUGGAAGAGAUCCAGGACUUGAAUAUGGAAGUGACUGGAGCCUGGACACCCUUCUGGGGGAAUCUCCCUCCUGACUGUCACUCACUUAACCCCAUGUCUGUAAUGCAUGCUCAUGUUUCUAGUCAUAGCAUGCUCUGUCUCAGGCUUCUGCUGUAAAGGUCUGUUAGCCUAGGUACACGUGUUUCUCCACCCUCUCCUCCAUUUGAAAAUGCUCUCACGUUUACUGCAGGGGUAUGGGGGCGGGAGGGGGUGUUUGUUGAUGGUUGUACAUUUCAAAGGGUGACUCCUGGCCCCCACGUUUCAGCAGAGCAGAUUACUUGACUAUUUAUGAUUGUCUGGACCACUCAUCAAUGUGGCCAGUUUAGGAACAUGUUUUGAGUGGAAACCUGUAUAGUAGAGGUUUAUUGAAAUGAAAAAGGUUUACCAAAUUCAUAGUAUGCAUGUGAGUUUGUUAAUUUCCCAAUGCAAAAAUUGUAUAAGCUACAUAAGUUGCACAUUUAAUAGAUGUAGUUGUUGAUGCACAAUCUAUUUGUUUUAUUUAUUAAGUCCUCACUACUGGUUCAUUGUAAAGACUCCCAGUUACUACAACUGGUAAAGAGCUUUUAAAAACGAAAUGAAGCUAAAUGUUUCUAAUAUAUGUGUUUACUUCUCAAACGUGUGGAGAGCAAAUGGGGAUGAUACAAUGUUGAAGCUCAAAUCAAAAUCAUGUGUUUUUUCUUUUUAUAUGGUAAUAGAUUUAAGGGUGUGGUUUUUAAACAUCUCAUUUUCAGAACACCAAAAAGAAAAUGUGUAUCAUAUUUUGUAAAGUAAGAGCAAUCAUAGAGAAACAAACACCUUUUAACCAAGUGAAUAUUUGUAAUUGCAAUGUCAUUGUGGUCCUCUGUAGCUCAA